UAUAAGAAGGAAAAUACUUGUUAACCAUACAUCGCACUUAAGGCCUUGGCUGUGUAGUGCCUGCGGCGCAGAUACCUAGUAGUUCCAAGGGCCAUGAGGCGCCAGGGGCUACUCCUGGUAGCUUUGCUGGCUCUUGCGGGUUUGGUGUUAGAUGUUGAUGCAACAAACAAACCACCACCUCCUAAACGUUCACCUCCACCAUCGCCAUCGCCCCCACCUCGACCACCGCGGCCACCGCACCCUAAGCGCAAGCCACCACCGCCUCACCCACCUCCUUCUCCUGUGACUGGUGAUGUCCAAGUUAGCGUCACAGUAUCAGGCCGUGUGCUGGUCUCCACCGCGCACGGCAACCCCUACAAGAACAUCUCCAGUGAGGACUCCAUCUACCGGGUGCUCGACAACGACAUCAUCCACCACCUGCUCGACCCAACCGCCAACGACUCGUCAACCAACGCGCUGCGCGUCAACCUGCGCAAUGCCGACUCGCUGCUGACGGGCGACGAGGUGGAUGCGCCACUCACACUCACCGUGCCUGCUGGCAUUGCGGAGAAGCUGAAGCUGGGACCCGCAGCCUCCUCCCCAAGCAGCUCCUCUGGCCGCCGCCGCGCCCUCACGGAGGAGCAGUCUCGCGCCCGCCGCAUGAUCCUGGACUUCCACGGCACGCGGCGCAGCGUUGCGGAGGUGCAGACCCUGGGCGCGCUGCUGGGCAAGCUGGGCAACUACACGGUGGUGCCGGAGGGAACCAUGCCGGAUGUCAAGGACAAUGUGGGGGCCAAGGAUCUGUUCAUCAUCAACGGCCAGCCCCAGAACAUCAGCUCCAUGACCUUCCUGUUCAAGAGCACCAAGUGCGGGGUGGCCACGGGCAUGAACGCCGACACCAUCCGGCAGUACUGGUACGACCAGGGCGACCAGGCGCCCGUGGUGGCCACCCUGCAGCGAUACUACCGGGUGUGCUCAUACAACCAGCUCAACUUCCCUCCCGAGCUGAACCAGGUGAUGGAGCUGGACAUCCCCUGCACCGGCACCGCCUCGCACGGCGCCUACAACCUGCUCACAGGCAACGGCAACGGAGUCAACCUGGAUGCAGAGCUGUACGCGCUGCCGGACCUAGCCAAGGCCUGGCUCAAGACGAACAACCUGACCCUCUACAACAAGUGGAACACAUACCGGCGCAAGGUCAUGUUCUGGCCCUUCAACUUCGGCACCGCGGACCCCGCCAAGUGGCCCGCGCAGUUUUCUGGGCUGGCCAGCAUGGGUUGCCCGGGCACCCCCUUCGACUGCUUCACGUGGCUCAACCCCUCGGGCUCCGACACCAAGCCAGACAUGGUGACCGCCUUCCAGGAACUCGGCCACAACAUUGGCCUGGCGCAUUCCGCUCGCGUCAUCUGCGACGGCGGCGGCUGCUUCAAGGACGAGUACGGCGAUUUCUCUGAUCCCAUGGGCUCCGCGGGCCCUACCGACUGGGACAAGACCAUCAUCUGCCCCACGGCGCCACAGGCGUACAAGGCCGGCUGGGCUUCCCCCAUCGCCGAGGGCGACGUCAAGAUUGCGGAUUUGGAUGUGGGUGUGUUCAACGAGUACAAGAUCCCGGCAAUGGGUCUGGGCAAGACCAACAUGCUGCGCAUCGCCAUCGAUCAGACCGGCAUCGUGCCCAACACCAACACCAAACCCGAGCGCGCCGUGUUUGUUUCUUACAGGGUACGGCAGCCCGACGUUGGCACGUACGACUCUGGGCUUCCUGACGAGCUAGACAAGCGCAUCUGGGUUCACGAGUACAACGAGACCGCCAACGCCAUGUCCGCCACCAUCGCCACCCCGCCGCUGGUGCUGGCGCUGCUGUCAGACGAGCCGCAGCAGUUCGUCAACUCCUGGGGCAUUCUGCCAAGCAGCCUGUCGCUGGACAACGCAGCGGGCGCCGGGCAGGGAGGGCUGCUGAUCACCGUGAAGAGCAAGAGCGAGGCGGAAGCGGUGGUCAGCGUGUGCAAAUUCAGCGGCAAGACGGAGGACACCUGUGAUGAUGGAGUGGAUAACGACUGUGACGGGCUCGCCGACUCGGAGGAUCCGGAUUGCGGCGGAUCGGUGGUGGUACGGCGCCCGCCACCGCCACCGCCCGUGGUCUUCAAGUCACCCCCGCCGUCGCCGUUGCCACCGCUGCCAUCGCCGCCGCCAAAGUCGCCGCCGCCAAAGUCGCCGCCGCCAGGCAAGAAGAAGUCGCCACCCCCGCCGCCGCCGAAGUCCCCGCCGCCGUCUCCACCACCCUCACCACCACCGCCGCCGUCGCCGACGCCGCCAAAAUCCUCCCCACCACCACCGUCAAACUCCUCUCCAUCGCCAAACUCCUCUCCACCGCCGAACUCCUUUCCGCCGCCGAAGAGGACCAAAUCGCCGCCGCCGCCUCCACCAAAGGUUUCACCGCCCCCUCCGAAGAAGAGCGGCUAAGACGCGACGCACCUGCCUACAUGGCUGGUAUGUCCAAUGGUUAUAUCUAUGCGGCGCUCGUCUCCAUGUAUCGAACUUGGGUAUAAACGGUCAGUUCGCCUGAGCGAUGGCCGUACUGAUGUGCUCCUUGCUCUUAGCUUGCACGGAACGGUAAAUGCGGUUAGAAUCGAUACGGCAAGGUGAUCGCCUCAUUGUGUUGAGCUGUAAAUUGAACAUGCCCACUUAGGCUUUCGGGCUGGGCACUUUGGUUACGGUCUGAAGUUUGAGGGCGUGAUCAGACAUGAUCGCACGUGCAUGUUUGUGAUGUGGAAACUGAGAUUUAGACGCUAUGGUGCCUUAUCUUGUUGAAGAAACAAAUAUGGUCCCACUUUUGCACAGCGUGCAUCUAUGCUGUGGCUUCGUGCAUCUUUGGGUGCAUUUUGCCAUAGAGGAAAGAACGAAGGCGUGAAGAUAAAUAGGUAGAGACGUGCAUCAGUAGCAGGGUUGGCAGACCAAUGCAGUAGCCUUGCUUCUUUUAUGUGCCUUGCCGGUAUCGUAGCCAGUGCUGCUCUGACAGUUUCUCGUGGUUAGUUAGGGUCACGUUUUUCGUUGCCAUGAUAGGUAUGUUAAAAGAGUUGAACACUUCCUGAGAUGGGGGUUGAGAUGGCGGACUCUCUUACAUAGCUCUCGGCUGCUUUCGGUUGCGCAGCUUUGGGGCAUUGUACAGAACACGGGUGUGUAUGACUUGACGUGGGCAAUGAAAUGCUGGCGCAACGUUGCGACUGCCGGUACCCUGCAUGCCCUUUUAACACUCAUGCUUAACGGUUUUAGGCUGUAAGGUAAUGCGCCAAGUGCAACAUCACCGGCACCAGAUUCCCAACAGUAGGCCUGCUGUAUGGAUUCUGGUACCCUACUCGGUAAAUAGACGCCUUUACCUUCCACUACAGUUAUUAACCACUCUAUCUUCUCGCACAUAUGCACGGAUGUGGGCCAGCGGUAGCUUUGAGAUUGUUGCUUGGUUGGUCCACUGGUGGUCUCAUCGAGAUGGUAUACCGGUAGCUGUCUCAUUGGCUCAGGAGACCAGUUGGGCUCCUGAGCAGCCACCAGUUGGCAUUGUAAUGCUGAUCGCACAAGCCCGCCGACACCCCAGAAUGCCACCUAGUUGUUCCUAGGCGAUGGAAGGCCUGGGCGGAGUGUUUCAGUGCGCGGGAAAGAAUGAGGCGGCAUAGGGAAGACCAAUGAAAGACGACG